AUGGACGCGACCGAUCCUCCCUUAAACUACUUCGCGCCAGAACUUUUUCACGACCAAGAUGACGCGCCGCUCUUGCACGAUGCGCUUCCCUGUAUCUCGCAAGAUAUUGACAUGACCAUGGAAGAAGAAGCCGCCUUGUUCCAUACAGGCGCGCUCAAUCCUGAUGGUUCCAUAAACGAUGAACACCAUGUCAAGCAGGAGGACUUCGAUAGCGCAUACCCACCCUUAGACAGCACCAUGCUGGCCGGCGAGCCGUCGAUCGAGGACAUGGCAACUGAUGGGCUCCACGGUGAGGAUGUCUCAACACAAGACUCCCCCGAAUCUACCAAGCGUCGUUCCAAAGGCCCCGGGCGAUCUAGAAAGCACGGAUCUGAUGGGCCUCCCAAAUCACACGUACAUUCGUCUAAGAAUGAAGGACAACACACGGAUCGAAGAUUUCUUUGCUACCUCUGCAAUAAGCUAUUUACCCGGCGCCGCUCUGUGAGGGAUCACAUUUCGAAGAUUCACAAUACAAAGACCUGGGAGCCUUUGAGAAGUUUGGAAGUCAUCGUCGACCCUAUAUCUGGUGAGCCAAUCGAGUCUGUGGAUGACAUCGUUGCCAGAGGCCCGCCGCCCCCGCCGCCCAAAAUGACCAAGGCUCAGAAGGCUGCUAAGGCCGCUAAGCGUGAAGCCGAGGAGGAUGAGCAAGAGGAGCAAGAGGAGCAAGAAGAACAAGAGCCACAAGAGGACGAACAAGAACAGGACAACCACGAUGAAGAACCUAAACAACAUGACAUUCCGAAAGUGCCUGCACCAUUCCUCACGGAACCACCGCCCCUGUCCGCUGCCAAGAGCCUCAAAAGAGAAUCAUCUGUCGCGAGGUCGAGAGCAUCCUCAACCGAGUCAUUCGCUACCCCUCAACCAGUGGCAGGCAGAAAGCGACCAGCACCGGAAGAUUCUAGUAGAAGCGCCUCCACCUCUGCUAAGAAGAAGGGAACGGCAAAGCUCAAGGGCUCCACGGCGCCUCAUAAGAGAUCCAAGCUCGGCGAGUCUGAACAGAGUGCCUCCAGGGCACGGUCACUUUAUCGGUCCCCCAGUGCCACUCCGGCCUCAACACACCUGAAGCCGAUACCAUCUAAACUCAAGAAUCAGACCUCUGCUGCUAGCGUUAGGUCAUCUCCUACCCCAGCCUCCUCUCGCGGCGAGUCACUGGACAUAGAUUCCGCUUCCAGUUCGGUUGCCGACACCCCGACCAGCUCAAACGAUGACGGCGAUAUCUUCUGUAUUUGCCGUAAAGGGGACAACCAUACCUGGAUGAUUGCUUGCGACGGUGGAUGUGAUGAGUGGUUUCAUGGUAAUUGUGUGAACAUCCGAGAACGAGACGGCGAGCUCAUCGACAAAUACAUCUGCCCAUCCUGCACAAAGCCGGGAUUGCAGACCACCUGGAAGCGCAUGUGCAGACGAAAGGACUGCAGAAAGCCGGCAAGAGUGACGAGGGAUCCUCCUAGUAAAUACUGUUCUGACGAUUGUGGACGCAUGUUCUUUGUGGAGUUGAUCCAGAGAAGCGACCCCCGAGCCCAGGCAUCGAAGUGCGGACAGUAUAUCAUCGAGCCGGAAAGGCCGAAGAAGGUCCGCAAGAAGUCAAAGAAGAAGCCUGAAACGCGAAGCAGGCUUCUAAAACUGGUUGCUAACCAUGUCAAUGCCGAUGAAGGCGAUCAGAUGAGCAUGGACAGUCGACUUGCGACACCUGCGUACAGCGAUCCCGACGAGACAGAAUAUGAGACCGACAGCAGCGUCGACGACGACAAGCUCCCCAACAGAGGCGGUGCACUAAGGGCGGGUGAAAUAAAAGCUCUCAUUGAACAGUGCAAGACCGUCGAACAAUGGAGAUCGUUAGGAAGAAGGCCUGACACACCACCACGGGAGUCGGACAUGCCAGAUGCGAAAGCGGCACAUUUCCAGUUCGACGACCUGGAGACUGCCAAACUGGCUCGCAUCGAAGAGGAGAAACAACAGCUCAAUGAACGCGAUGCUAUGCUUUCGGCACGAGAGACCUUGCUUGGCUUGGUCAAGGCACGAUCUGCCACUAUUACCGAAGAAGUUCGAAAGGCAAAUCCCAAGAUGAAAGACAUCUGCGGAUUCGAUCCAAGAAUGGCCUGGACUGAUGAAGAAUUUUUAUCCUGGUACAACGGCAAGGGUGGCAAAGAGAUUCUCGACGCUGGCCCUACGGCAAAGAUCGGACCUCCAGAAGAUGAAGACGACGAUCUUCGCGACAAGAAGCCAAACGGUGUCAAUGGAGCCCACGCCGCUGCGGAUACCACAGGUGAAGAGGGUGGCGAAGUCGGUACUAUGCCAAAGAAGGGCGGUGUAUGCAUCAAGAAUCGCUGCCCACGACACCGGAACUGGGCCAAAGGACAACUGGCAGAGUUGAGGUUCGAACAAGAUUUAGUGAGAAGGGCCUUGAACAAAUUCGAGGCGCAGGAGAACCGGAUCAAGGAAAGAGCAGUGGUGAGGGGCUGGGAGAUGAGAGAGGGAGUCGGAACAGUUUGA